CCGCAGCGCUGACCCCGCCGAGAUCCCUCCGCCGCGGGACUCCGCGGGGGCGCGGCGGCCGCGGGCUCGUCCCCCGUUCAUCCCCCGCGGGAGGAACGUCCCGUGAGGCGGGAGGGGCGAGCGGGGCGGGGAAGGACCGGGAGAGAAGCCGGAGGAGCAGCGGAGAGCGAGGCGUGAUCAUGAAAGGUGUGUGGCUGGCAGCAUUGCAGACAGAAGCUCGGCUCAUCCACAGAACAGUCUGGUAGAAAGACACCAAUGAAGAACUUCCUGAAGUUUUAACCUCCACAUUCAUGUCAGUACGUGCAUCAUGGCACAGCAAGGAAAUGUUGGUGAGCUCCUCUCAAUGCUGGAUUCUCCAAUUCUGGGUGUCCUGGAAGAUAUAACAGCUGCAUUCAAAGAUAAUCUCAUUUGUGACCGUGGGCCUAUGCUUGUCAACAACCUGGUGGACUAUUACUUGGAAACCAAUUCUCAGCAGGCACUGCAUAUUCUGUCCACUCUGCAAGAGCCUCAUGACAAGCAUCUACUGGACAAAAUUAAUGAUUAUAUGGGCAAAGCUGCUACUCGUUUACCCACCCUCUCUCUGCUGGGACACGUGAUAAGACGACAACCAUCUUGGAAACACAAACUUUCUCAAGCACCUCUCCUGCUUUCAUUACUUAAAUGUCUCAAGACUGACACAGAUGUAGUAGUACUCACCACAGGUGUCCUAGUGCUAAUAACCAUGUUGCCAAUGAUUCCUCAGUCUGGCAAACAGUACCUUCAUGAUUUCUUUGGUAUCUUUGGGCGUCUCUCAGCCUGGUGCUUGCAGAAUCCAGGUCAUGUGGCAGAGAUUUAUCUUGUCCAUCUUCAUGCCAGCGUUUAUUCUCUCUUUCAUCGUCUUUAUGGAAUGUAUCCUUGCAAUUUUGUCUCCUUUCUGCGCUCUCACUACAGUAUGAAGGAAAACCUGGAGACCUUUGAAGAAGUAGUCAAGCCAAUGAUGGAACAUGUGCGUAUUCAUCCAGAGUUAGUGACUGGAUCCAAGGACCAUGAACUGGACCCACGAAGGUGGAAAAGGCUAGAAACUCAUGAUGUUGUGAUAGAAUGUGCCAAAAUCUCCCUGGACCCUGCAGAAGCCUCCUAUGAAGAUGGUUAUUACUCUGUGUCUCGGAAACUCUGCACAAGCUCAAAACAUCAUCAAACUGACCCCAGUGCCAGCUCUUACAUUGACAUACAGAGCAGCUAUGGGACUUCUACCCCAUAUUCCACUCCUCGGCUAACACUAUCACAAAUGCCAGGGCAGCUACCUCAGAUUCUGAGCCCACAGUCCAUGAGGCUGUCAACUGAGCCACAGCAGGUCACCAUCUGGAGCCCUUCUGCAGUGUGUGGUAUGACCACGCCACCGACAUCCCCUGGCAUUGUCCCAUCAGAGUCAUCCCAGUCUGCAUCACAACCCUACAGCAAAGCUUUUGGCACAUCUGCAGGGGGGAAAGGAACACCUUUGGGAACACCAGCCACAUCUCCUCCUCCACCCUGCACUUCAGAUGACUUUGUGCAUGUUUCACUCCCUUCAGCUGCUGCCACACCUCCUAAAAAGGAGGACAAACCAGAUUCUGGGAGGCCUUUACUGCACCGACAGCAAAAUGUCAUAAACAGCGAUAAAUCAUUGGACAUACCCAGUAGUAAAAGUUCAGUAACCUUAAGUGAUCUUCCAGAGUUUUUAGGUGGGUUGUCGUUUGAAGAUAGCGCUGAGAAGGACAGAGAGGAAGAUGCAAUAUCUAAAGAGAUCUCCGAGAUCACCACCGAUGCUGAACACAUGGUGCCUAGAGGAGGAUUUGACUCCCCGUUUUACCGCACAAACGAAAGUCUGUCAGGCUCUCAGAAGAAGACCCACUCAGCAGCCUCCAGUGUUCAGGGACACAGUCAGACCUCUGAGCCUUUAACAUCUCUGGACAAGCCUGGGCCUGAGGGUGCACGGGAAACACCCAAACAAACGUUUACUCCCAUAGACAAGCCCUGUGGAGGCCCUGGGGAAAGCCCUGCUGGGAACAGGGAAGAAACCUCUGGGGAGCUGAGUAUUCUCACUCCCAGUCCUUGUAAAGUACCAGCACAAAGGAGAGUGGUGUUUGGGAGUGGGCAGCCUCCCCUCUAUGAGCACCUCUUUGAGGUUGCAUUACCAAAGACUGCCUACCUCUUUGUUGGCAAGAAGACUGAGGAGCUGCUAAAGAAAGCCAAGGGAACCCAGGAUGAAGACUGUAUGUCCUCGACUUCUCCCGUGGAAGUGCUGGACAGGCUGAUUCAGCAAGGAGCAGAUGCACACACUAAGGAGCUGAACAAAUUGUCUCUGCCAAGCAAAUCUGCUGACUGGACUCACUUUGGAGGUUCUCCCCCCUCGGAUGAGAUUCACACCCUGAGGAACCAGCUGCUUCUGCUGCACAACCAGCUGCUGUACGAGCGCUUCAAGAGGCAGCAGCACGCGCUGCGCAACCGCCGGCUGCUGCGCAAAGUCAUCAAAGCCACGGCCCUGGAGGAGCACAAUGCUGCCAUGAAAGAUCAGCUGAAACUGCAGGAAAAGGAGAUCCAGGCCUUGAAACUGAGUCUGCAGAAAGAACAGGCAAGGUACCACCAGUUUCAGGAGGAACAUGAUAAUAUUGUGGCUCAGCUUCACAGCCAGAUCCGACAGCUGCAGCACGACCGGGAGGAAUUCUACAACCAGAGCCAGGAAUUGCAGACCAAGCUGGAAGACUGCAGGAACAUGAUAGCAGAUCUGAGGUUAGAGUUAAAGAAGGCAAACAACAAGGUGUGUCACACUGAAUUGCUGCUUAGCCAAGUUUCUCAAAAGCUUUCCAACAGUGAAUCGGUGCAACAGCAGAUGGAGUUCUUGAACAGGCAGCUGCUGGUUCUUGGGGAGGUCAAUGAGCUGUACCUGGAGCAGCUGCAGCACAAGCACACAGACACUACAAAGGAGGUUGAAAUGUUGCACGCUGCUUUUCGGAAAGAACUGGAGAAAGCAAAGUUGUGUGUUCAGCAGCAAAGCCAAAGGCUCGAUGCUUCCCAGAAAAGGAUAGCUGAACUGGAAUCUCAGCUUGCAAAAAAGGACCACCUCUUCCUGGAGCAAAAGAAAUACCUGGAAGAUGUUAAAAUCCAAGCAAGGGGUCAGCUGCAGGCAGUAGAAAGCAGGUACAAGGCUCAGAAAAAAAUCACCCAGGCAUUUGAACUGGAGAUCUUGGAUCUGUUUGGGCGGCUGGAGAAGAACAGUCUACUGAAAAAACUUGAAGAUGAUAAAACAGAAGCAGCUGAAGCAGCAGAAGAAAGCAGGCUGGAUUGUGCUAAUGAAGAUACAGCAGGACACAGUGAAGAAACACUGGGUAGAAAUGGAGAGACCAAACCUCCCAGCACCCGAGGCAGCAGUAGCAGUAAGGGGGGCAGCAGCAGCGAGCUCUCCACCCCAGAAAAACCCCAGAACCAGAGGCUGAGCAGUCGCUGGGAGACAUCCGUGUUGCUGGAGCCCUCGACUACUGUCCCACUGACUGUAGGUUCACUCCCCAGCUCCAAGAGCUUCCUUGGAAUGAAGGCACGAGAAUUAUUUCGCAACAAGAGUGAGAGCCAGUGCGAUGAGGAGGGGGUCAGCAUCAACAGGCUGUCUGAUGCCCUAAAGACUGAACUAUGUAAAGAUCCAAGCAUGGAGUCAAAGGCCUCUCCAAGCCCCGAAAACCUCUCGCCUAAGCUCCAGGAAAGCAGUGUUGGACAGCUUCAUAUCAUGGACUACAAUGAAACUCAUCAUGACCACAGUUAAAGAGGAAGAUAGUCAAUCAGUGUUAUUUUCAUAUUCUUGGCAUAGAACAGGAGGCGUGAGUGCAAGUUUAACUAAAAGCUUUUAUGUUUCUUUGGUCUGAGCAGUGGCUCGUGCAGCGGAGCAGGAUCGAUGGCCAGGAACGGAAGGAGGCUGCUGAACGAAUGCAAAGUGGAUUUUUGGGUCUGGAAUUGAAAAUGCCCAGCCUAACUCUUGCUUCUUUCUCAAAUUCAAUCCUUAGCAGCGUGUACUAAUUUGAAGGGACAACUGUUAGCAUUUGCAAGUAUUUUUUUCCCUUUCUCCCUGUCCCCAGUUGAGUGGCUGCGUUUAUGAACUUGAGUGCAAUAUGAGGCCAAAUUAACAUUUGUGAGUUUACUCUGAAUGCUUUGUAUUUCUUUGCAAGCUUCCCAUUUAGAGCAGUUGGUUGUGCUGCCUGUCCAGGUGACUUCGGUUCCUUUCAUCCUGGAAAGAAGCAGCACUAGGAUUUCCAGUGCAUUCUCUAUUUUUGCCUGUCCACUGUCCCACAUCCCUCAGAGCCCAGCCUUCAUUAAGUUGGAGUCUGAUUGAAUACCCAAAUGUUUAAAGAACAUUGUACCUCUGCAAAAUUAUUCAUUCACCCUAAUUCAUGAUCAUUGUUUAUAUUGUCCUUAACAUUUCCUGAGAAGUUACAUUUGAACAGACAAAAAGGAACUGGAACUUGUAAUGCAGAAGAGACCGUGCUGCUGAAGACUUGUUAAAACACCAGCUUCAGAUCUUCUUGGUGUUUGAAGUGUUUGCCUGAUUGACCUCACCCUGGUUCGUAUGGGAAAGCAGUUGGGGUGGGAGAAGAGGGAAGAGGAAGCUUUACUCAAGUAGGGAGAGGAUGCAGAACAUGGAGGUAGAAUUCCAAGCUUAUGAAGAUCUGCAGAGGAGGAUUUGCUUCUCUAAUCAGGGAAAUGUGCUGCCUCACCCUCCUUCAUUUGUUCCUGGUUUGAACAAGACCACCAUGUUUUGAGUCCAAGAAAUUGGCUUCAUUCUUCCUGGCAAUACCUUUUCAGGCUUGCCUUGGAGAACGUGGUUUCCUUUUGAGUGCCCUCCUACUCAGAUUGCAGCACAUUUUUGAGUUCAGCAGUGUCAGUUUGGCUCUAGGUCUCUCCACCCUCAUCCUACUUCCUUGGGUGACAAGGCUGAGGAGGAAUCCUGCUCACACUGAAAUCAGAAUCCUGGUGAGAAGCCUUUCGGUGUUAAUCAUGUUUUAAGUCAAUUAUGAGCCUUCUGUGAAGGAGGAUUGUGGGAUCAGGGCUUGUCAGUGGUCAGACUCAAUCUCCUUCGUGACAGAACAGGGCCUGCUGCUAGGAAGGCAGUGCUUGUUCUAAAUGUCCCACGUGGCUGGGUCCAGGUGUGCUCAGAUGGUUCAGCCUUCACAGUUCCCCUGCAUCACUCGUGGCCUCUUCUCCUCAACAUUCUGUGGGUGGCAGCUGCUGUUUAAGAACCACCUCACAUAGAAAUCAAGUCCAAGCACACUUGCAUUUGUAGUCCAAAUCCCUUCUUAGCCCAGGUGGGGCGAGGCUGUCAGAGCAGCUCAGCUCACUGCUGGCAGGACUCGUCCUCCCAUUCCCGCCUCCUCCGGAACUCCAAGGUCUGAAUACAUUUCUGCCUGUCUUAAAUUAUUCUCCGUGUCCUUUCAGUUGGUCAGUCCGAACUCUGAGAGUAGAGGUGAACUUCAGUGGUUGUGUCAAAGCUGACUCUGCAUGGAGUAGAGAGUAGAGAGUUGGUUGUAAGUGGCAGCCUGGUUUUGUCGGCGUCUUUAGGCUUUCUCAGACGUAGUGGUAGCAAACGUGGUAGCGCGUGUUUCGGUAAGAUUUGGAGCUCUCCUGCCCCUCUCCCACUGGAUCCCAGCCCGGGGGUGAACGGUUUGCACACAAAGGGCCUGAUGGGCCAGCUCAGCUGGGAAUGCUGGAGGAGCUCCUUCCCAUCCUGCUCUGCCGAGCCCGGGUCUGGCGUUCCCAGGAGAGGCAGGUUUUGUGUCAGUCACAAAAAUGCCCUGGCAGCAACGCAAGCUCUUUGGUAAGGUGGCUUUUUUUCUUCUUUUAAACAGGAUUUUAGCACCAGGAUAGUAAUGGAAACCACUUUAGGUUUGUUUAUGGACCACAAAGAUUAUGGAGGAACAAAUUUUGCAAUUUUCUUUCCUAAGUCUAAAAAUCAUGGAUCUGCUGUAUGUAGUUAACUUGCAGUUUGUUUGAAGGGGUCCCAUCAGUGAAGUGGAAACAGAUUUUUUUAACUGACUGCUUUUAGUUAAAUCUAAAAUUGCUGUCUUUGUCAAGUUAAUCUGUUCCCUGCCUCGCUCUUUGUAAGCAUGUUAAACAAUCCACAUUAAAUGCCAUAAAUAUGAAAUACGAGGAAAUGGUACAAUCGUAAGCUAAAGAGAACUUAAACCAAAAGGAGGUUUUGCUGUCCUUAUUAGAAUGUUCUAAAAUGUCAAGGCAGUUGCUUGUGUUUAACUGUGAACAAAUAAAAUGUAUUGUUUUGCACUA